AUGAGGCUCACGGUCGAGCUCCUCCAGAACUCGCCCUCAUGGCUCAACGCGCUGAAGGAGCGCGAGCUCGACCUCCGAGGUCACCGAAUCCCCGCAAUUGAGAACCUGGGCGUUGCUGGUCCCCAAGAUGCCAUAGAUCUCGUCGACAACGAUAUUCAGGUCCUGGGAAACUUCCCCCUGAGCCCUCGGAUACGCACCCUUCUGCUCGCGCGCAACCGCGUCAGCUCGAUACAGCCCACGCUGGUCAACUCGAUCCCCAUGUUGACGAACCUGCAACUCGAGUCGAACGACCUCAAGGAGCUAGCAGACCUAGACCCUCUGGGCUCCUUCUCGAGGUUGACGCACCUCGUGUUGAAGGAUAACCCUGUCGCAAAGAAAGACCACUACCGAUAUUGGGUCCUAUGGCGCUGCCCGGCGGUGCGCUUCCUUGACUACGAGAAGGUCAAGCAGGCGGAGCGGGAACGUGCGAAGGAGCUGUUCGGAACUGCAGAGAAGCCGACAGAUCUGGCGUCCACCAUCAUGGGAAUCAAGUCCUCCACCUUCAACGUUUCCACGUCCAACGGAUCGACGGGUCUCUCUUCUAGGAUGUCGAGGAUCAAGCUCACGGACAAGGAGAAGAAGCGGCUGCAGGACAUGAUCAGGAAUGCUACGAGUUUGGAUGAGAUCACGAGGCUGGAGACCAUGCUCAAGGAGGGUCGCAUGCCCGCCGGUAUUCACGUUGGCGAUGAGAUGGAGGAAUAG